AUGGGGGUCACUGGAAUUUGGGAGCAUAUGCAAAAGUACGCGGAACAAGUCCCCACUUCAACUCUGAGGAACAGAACGUUAGCUAUCGAUGGUCACAUUUGGCUGUACGAAUCAUCUCGGGGAUGUGCGAAUCACUUCAUCUCCGGAGCUUCAUAUCUUGUCACAUUUUUCAAUCGCAUCCAAAGACUUUUGGAAGUUGGGAUUCAUCCCGUGGUCGUUUUCGACAAAAUCACGGACUUUCAUAGUUGUCCAGGUGCUGCAAAUACGCAUGUGAAGAGGUCGAAACGGAGCGGUGGUCACGGGUGGAAUCUUGAUGCACAUAACGAGUUAAAGAAACGGGUCUAUAAUGCGGAGCAACUUCUUAAUAAUAUGGGUGUCCCUGUUGUCAUGGGUGGUUCUGAUGGUGAAGCACAGUGCGCUCAGUUGGAACAGGCAGGCCUAGUUGAUGGAUGUAUCACAUCAGACUUUGACUACUUCUUAUAUGGUGGAAGGAAUCUCUACAAGGUGGAUUUUAAAAGCAGUGGAAGAGAGGUGGAAAACAUGGUUAACUUAUUUUCCAUGGACAAGUUUGAAGCUCAGCAAUGUUUAACUCGUAAUAGACUAGUAGCCCUUGCUCUUUUGCUCGGCUGUGACUACUUACAAGGGGGUGUGAAUCGCGUAGGAAUAGUUACCGCAAGGGAGAUUAUCUCUGAAUUUUCAAUAAAUGAUGAUGAUCAUGCACUCACUAUAUUGGAUCGAUUUGGAAGUUAUUUUCGUGGUGAAAUUCCGUUACGAACGACGGAUAGCAACACCAAGAAGAAGUUGAGAAGGGCAAAGAUUACAUUGCCUGAUGGAUUCCCAAAUUCGGAUGUUUUUAUCGAAGCUGCGUCAGUCUACUUAUGUCCAGAGGUGAAAGAGAAAAAAGAGCUCCCCACUCCUCCUCCACGUAACAUGUCCAAAGUUGAAAGCACUCUGAUGCGAGAAUGCGGCUGGACGUCGAAACGUUUCUCGCAAGAAAUAGUUCGUAGCAGAAGAAGGUCCCAGAAGAUAAGAAGCGCGCAAUCACACAAACUCACUGAGUUCUUUCCAACUGUUCGACGUUCGUUCUCGAGUUAUGCUAGCAAUUGUGAUGUGGAUGCUCAAAAGCACAGCAGGCGAGAGUGGGCGGCACUACAACGAUUACGAAUGAAUGCGAAACUCUAUGACAGAACUGAGGUUAUAAUCGAGGAUCCUAAAGCUUGCGCUCCAGCGAAUGGAGUGCGGAGAAGGGCCCCUAAAAGAGUAUUAGCUGAUGGCUCGGUGUCUUGCUCUUCUCCGAAAUGUAUGCGUCUUGAAAAUUCGCCCAAUUCAGGCUCAUCUGUGCAAAUAAUUGCAAGAUAA